CAUUCGGGCUGCAAAUCUCGAACCGCCCGGACGAAACGGUUCCUAUUUUGUUUUUCGAAUAAAUCAACGAACAACACGCGCGCGGACUCAUUUGUUUAGAAAAUAAUUCGGUUGAAGCGUCUCCAGAUAUCGCCGGUUGGGAGGGUUUCUAUUUAUUUCAUAUACGGAUCUGAUGAACUUUUCGCAUCAGAAAACAACAGAACGUGCCACUACAGCAGAAGUUUAUUGAAAUAAAAAUCAUCUGCAAGGCGACACAGGAAGCAUGAUGGAGAAGUCGUGUUCUGUUGAUGAGUUGUCAUCAGCAUUAGUGAUGUGAAUUAGAUAGAAUGCUAUUAUGAAUGGUGUUAUUGAAAACGAGAUUUGAAAGCCCGAUGGGUUAAUAGAUACAUGCAGAAGAAAAUUUCAACAUAACAUCUUUGAUGAUUAAGCGUGGUGUGGCAAAGGCUGUUCUUGGAAAAUGAUCGCUUAGCAGGAUUUCAUCAAUUGUGUCUAGAUCUUGUGCAACGGAAACACCAGUCAGCAUGUGAAAUGGAUGGAGACAAGUCAAGUUUGAUAAAAAGAAGAACACCGAUCUCGCGCAAACAGUUGACCUUCCUGCUGGGCAUCUCGCUGGCGUGUUUGUUUACCCUCAUUACGGUGCUGCAGUCACAGAUUGGCGAAAAUGAACUCUACGCAACAACCCAGGACAAGUUCACGGCCACUGGCGCGAACUUGGCCGAAAAUGUGCGCAUACUCUGCUGGAUAAUGACCACGCCGGCAAAUCAUGAAUCCAAAGCCCGACACGUCAAACGUACUUGGGGUCGAAGGUGUAACAAGCUACUGCUGAUGAGUUCGGUCGAAGAUGAGGAGCUUGGCACCGUCGCACUUCCGGUUGGCGAGGGACGCGAGGGUCUGUGGAACAAAACACGGGAGGCUUUCCGAUAUGUUUACGAUCGGCACCUGAAUGAGUACGAUUGGUUCAUGAAAGCCGACGAUGAUACCUAUGUGAUAGUGGAGAAUUUGCGUUAUUUCUUGUAUCCUUAUUCUCCAGAUUUUCCAAUAUUUUUUGGAAGUAAAUUUCGAUACCCUGAGUACGUCAAACAAGGAUACUUCUCGGGAGGAGCCGGUUAUGUACUUAGUAGGGAAGCUUUAAAGAGAUUCGUGGAACAAGCAUUGCUGGAUCAGGACCACUGCUCCACGGCUUAUGAUACCGAAGAUUUGGAAAUGGGCAAAUGCAUGGAAAGCGUGAAUGUUACGGCAGGUGAUUCAAGAGAUUUUCUCGGCCGGAAACGAUUUCUGCCCAUGGAUCCAGUAUUUCAUUUGACAGCGAAGCCUGAUCCUGAUUUUUGGUAUAAAUAUUACUCCUUCUACGAACCCCUAUAUGGAGCUGAUUGUUGUUCAGACCUUGCGAUUAGUUUCCACUACAUUCAAGGUCACCAGAUGUACAUGAUGGACUACCUAAUCUACAAGCUUCGUGCGUAUGGUGUCAAUUUCCGGCAGCCAGUGUUGCCUAAAAAGUUGAGAUGGGAGGAAGCGAAUGUCGUUGAAGGUCCUUAUCCAGCAGGAACUACCACAGUCAAAUCAGCCGAUGCAACCAGCAGCAGCAGCAGCCCUAGUGAUAGCAGUAAGAUAGAUUCGAUAGAGACUACCAGUAUUAAUAGUGUUACUGAGAUGUCCAAUGAGUCCAGUUCUGUAGACCCAAGCAGCUCUGAUCCAAAUAAGUCUUCGGCAGAAGGCUCUUCAUCAAACGUUGAAAGUGAUAAAUUUAAUAUUGAUAGGCUGUUAGAUAAGCUCCUCAGUGAUGAUGUUUUCUUACAAAAGUUACUGGAUAAGUUGGAAGUGAGAAAGAAACAGUAAACAGUAACUUUAAUAAUCCAAUGAUCGCUAAGAAUAGGGAUGAAAAUGGUGAAAAAAAUCAUGAUAUAUUCGAAUUAUUUAAAUUGAGAAAAUGUACCAAAAACUUAACACAUACUUUUAUUUUUCUGCAAAGACUUCCGAAAGGUUCAGAUCUUAAUUCAGAAAUAAAUACUCAUGAAAAUGUUCCAGCUAUGUAAAAGUCUUCAACUGAAAAUAAAUACAGACCUUUGAUUUAA